GCUGGAAUUAUGAAGAAUCUCAAAAGUGCAGUCACUACUCACAUUGACCUGCAAUCUCCCUAAGGCGCAGGCAAGAGGACCUCACCUCAUCUGCAUUUGACCAAUAGCAAUACUAUUUCCUCAUUUCAGUCUGUUCAGUUUGUCACCGCCUGAAUUCUCAGUCGCAUUCCGUUCUGGCUCCCAUGCUCCAUCCUCUUGACCCUCUUUCCUUCAUGCCUGUUUCCCUGAUGAAAUCGAAGUAGCCAGCUUUGCUUUUGUAGCAAUCAACCAUCUCCUGUAUGUCAAGCAUGUUCAGCCUCGAAAUGCAGCCACAGAAACGGCAUAGAACGCACGUGGAAGCGGCUGUCUGAGAUCGAAACAUGACACCCUGCGGUGUUGCGUGCCUCGUGUCACUUACUGGUAGUAUCUGUACAGCUCAGAUCUCCAUCGCAAUCACAGCCGCCUUCAUGGUCAUCGUACCUCGAUCAGCAUCCUUCCGCAGUCCCGGGAAUUCUGGCUGGUUGUGCUCCCAUCCAUUCCACUUCAACAUUGCAGUUGCAAAUGUUUGCUCUCACCCGGUUGGGUCGAGACUAAAGCCACUAUCGUCCAUAUUGCAGGCGAAGAGAAACCUGGUGGAUGUGAACAAAUUUCCAAAUCCAUCGGGUACCUGCAGCAAGCUUGUAAUGCUAUAAGAUUUAGUUACACAGGCCGAUUGAAAGACUUCGUCACAGUUUUCCAACGCCGCCAGAAGGAAUUUGUGGCGUUAUGAUAAAUUUGAGCUGACGACCAGAACAUUCCUUCGGUUGCUGUUCUCAGAAAGCCAUCUGCGGCUCCGCAAAAAGAUGUACACUCCGGAAGGGUAUAGCAACCUCAUGUCAGCAGUUGUCGCACAAGCAAUGUGGCCUUUACACAUUUCUCGACCGCUGUAGACAGGGCAUGCACUCCUUCAUGGCCGACACCGCACGCGAGGAACUACAACGUGUAUGUCGAUCUAUCCCACUGAAGUGGUGUC